UGCUCCUUUUCUCUCUUCUGCUUCCCCGGGUCGGGCGAGGAUCACCGCAGCUCUCCAGGCGGCGGAGGCGUGCCCGAGGCUAGGAGGAAGCCGGCCAGUGGGGGUGGCCGGCCGAGAGGCGGCACUUUUGGAAACAAAGGUUCCGGGCCGCGAGGUUCGCGGGCCCUGCCAGCUGCCCCCCUGCCCCGCUGUCCCCCAGCCCCCGGUCCCGCUGUCCCCCGGCCCCCCGGUCCCGCUGCCCCCAGGUCCCCCGCCGCGCAGCCCCUCUUUCCCCCCUGCCCCGGUUCUCCUCUACCCUGCUGACCCCCGCCCCGCCCCCCCGGCCCCGCUGCCACCCCUCACCCCGUUGCCCUGCUGUCCUCUGCACCCCCCCGCCCCGCUGCCACCUCCCCACCCCGUUGCCCUGCUGUCCCCCGCUCCCCAGCCCUUCUGCCCCCAGCCCACGGGCGGCAAGUGGACCUCGCGGGCCAGGGAACAUGAAGAAGUCGUGGAUAAUUUGCCUCGUGGAGAGAGGCCAGCCGUUCCCGAGGAUCUGGAGUGGACUGCCCCCGCCUGUGCCCUGCGAGGGAUUGGUCAGGUGAGAAGCGACCAGAGGACCCCGUCGGGCUGCCCACCUGGCUUCCACCGUCAGACCUGACUUUCUGGAGCUGCUUUCUCCUCCCAGCCUCUCAUUUCAGCAUCCUUCUACCUUUCUUUGGGAGCAGGAAGAGCCAGCCCCUGUUAACAGAGUCGUUGUUUGGGAUAAACACCUGGCGGUGCUCAGGCUUGUCCCGGGCUCUUCUCUCAGGGACCACUCCUGGCAGGGCUCAGAGAACCAUAGGGGUUACGCCGAUCAGACCCAGAUCCGCCUGCCUUACCCACUGUAUUAUCACUGCGGAUCACUUUGGAUGACAGAUACUUUUGAUGAGCUGUGCCAUGGCAGAGACCGGAGAAGAGGAGGCCGUGUCAGCCGAGGCGUCAGGGUUCUCUGACUUGAGUGACUCAGAAUUCCUCGAGUGUCUGGACCAGGAAAAUAACCAAGAAGCGAGUCCUCCACCUAGCAACCCAGGCCCUUCCGCUGAACUCCCGGUCAAGGGUGACCCAGGUGGGCGUUUACCAACACGCAAGAGAGAAUUGGAUGUCUCCUCACCCCUGGAGCGCCUCCACCUUAACUAUUUGUACGUCACAGACCUGUGUGCUCAGAGCUGGUGUGAACAGCAAAUGGUCUAUGGGAAGGAGCUCCCCGAGGUCUCCACACCAGAGCAGGCGGCCGCCAAGGACGCGGGCGCCAGCAUCCACCUGGCCAGAGAGCUGGAAGUUCACGACCUUGUGAACGUGGCCAUCACCGCUAGAGAAGACGCGUGGGCAGUUAAGUUCCUGAACCUCCUGGCCAUGAUUCCGGCCCUGCAGUCGGAAGGGCGCGUCCGAGAGUUCCCGGUGUUCGGGGAAGUGGAGGGGGUGCUGCUGGUGGGCGUCGUGGACGAGCUGCACUACACCGGCAAGGGGGAGCUGGAGCUGGCCGAGCUGAAGACGCGCAGGCGCCCCGCGCCCCCUCGGGAAGCGCAGAAAAAAAAAGACUUUCUUCAGGUCAGCCUAUACAAAUGCAUCUUCGAUGCCAUGGUCCGAGGGAAGGUGACCGCCGCCAGCCUCAUCCGCCACGCAGACCUGCGUCCAGAAAGGCCCCUGGGGCCCGCGGUGCUGCGGCACGCCCGGCAGGGAGGCAUCUCCGUGCGGUCCCUGGGCGACCUCAUGGAGCUGGGCUUCUUAGCCCUGACGCUGUCCGACCUCCCCGCCAUCGACAGCUUGAAAGUCGAGUAUGUCCACCAAGAGACGGCCUGCGUGCUGGGCACAGAGGUCGUGCCCUAUGAGGAGGAGGAGGUGCGAGGCCAGGUGCGGCACGCCCUGGCCUAUUGGACGGGCCAGCGAGACCCUCGAGGGGUAGACGUGGAGGAGGCCUGGAAGUGCCGCACGUGCAGUUACGCGGACAUCUGUGAGUGGAGGAAGCGGGGUGGGAUGCUCAGCGUCACACCGGAGCCCCGAGCCAAGAAGAACAGAUGAAACAGGACAUGCACGCAUCAGGCUGGAAGCGGGCCGGCCCCGAGCUCGCCUUUCACUUAGAGUAUUCUUGUUCUGGUUCUUUUUAUGCUCUUUCCACCCCUGACCAAGCAAAUCAAGGACCGAGACACCCGGGUGAAUGGGAGAGACUUGGGAGUCUACUGUCCCAGGUGCUGCACUGCGGAUUAUUCAGAAGACGCGUCGUGGUUGGGGAGAAAGAAUCCUUCAGCCAUCGUGACUGUCCUAAGAAGAUUCUUCAGUUUCUGAGAAAUCUCUUUUCUACUUUCCUCAAAGUUUUAAAAAAUAUUUUAUAUAAUAAAAUGAAUGGAUGGUCAUUGAA